AUUCCGUUUUAUCAUUCGUUUAAGUGCAUCAAAGCGUUCCGAAAUGGCAGAAAAUCUUCUUUUACUUUACGACCGUCCUUUGGAACCAUGUUUUCUCCCAAAAGGUCCCGAAAAAAAAGCUUUUAUCGUGCCUCAUGAAUAUAUGACUGCUAGGUACAAAGCUUUACCAGAACAGGUGGUUAAUGAUAUUGCAGAUUAUUACACAAACGAUAAGAUACCUGUAAAACAAAUUUCGAUACCGGACUCUGCAAAAUUUAGAGAAAUUUUAUCGUUUCCUAGAGAAGCUAGUUUUUCUCUUUUCAUUCCGAAGCAUAGGGAAAUCGCGGGAUAUUUAAUUGCUACGUUUACAGGAAUGGUAACCUUUGAAGAUUUAUUGGCAAUGGCUGUUUACACCAGAGACAGAAUAAACCCCUAUCUUUUUAAUUACGGACUUUCGGUCGCUAUUAUACAUCGCCCGGAUACGCAACAUUUAGAAUUACCGGCUUUCAUACAAUCAUUUCCGUAUAAGUUUUUAGAUGGAAAGGUUUUGCAAAAAGCUAGCGAAGAACUUGGUGUGGUACCAGAUUCAUACAAAAUGCCGAUUGAAGUUCCUCGUCACUACACAGCCACCGAUUUAGAAGAAGAACAACGCCUCGCUUAUUUUCGGGAAGAUAUUGGGAUUAAUUCUCAUCACUGGUAUUGGCACUUGGUUUAUCCCUAUUCCGGGAAGGAAGCCAAUAAAGAUCGAAGAGGAGAACUUUUCUUUUAUAUGCACCAACAGGUUAUUGCCAGGUACAAUUUCGAGCGUCUUUGUAAUAGUUUGAAUCGUGUGUUACCUUGGAGUGAUUGGAAAACGCCGAUUAAGGAGGCAUAUUUUCCCAAAUUAGACAGCCAAGUGGCGGCUCGAGUAUGGCCCGCUCGCAUGGAAAAUCAAUUGAUUAAAAAUUUAAACAGAGAUAACAUAAAUAUGGCCGUCAGUGACUUAAUUCAGUGGAACGAUAGAAUAAUAGAAGCAAUUGAUAGAAAUCAGGUUAGAACAAAGGAUGGAUUGAUGGAAUUAACCGAAGAAACCGGGAUCGAUGUGUUGGGGAAUAUGGUGGAGUCGAGUGUGUUAUCGCCGGAUCGAAAUUUUUAUGGGGACCUUCACAAUAUGGGUCAUGCGUUUAUUUCUUUGGCUCACGAUCCGGAUAAUCGUUACCUUGAGGAUAGUGCUGUUAUGGGGGAUACAGCAACGGCGAUGAGAGAUCCAGUUUUUUAUCGUUGGCAUUCGUACAUUGACGGAUUAUUCCAAAGGCAUAAAAAUAAAUUAAAUCCUUACACCAAACAACAAUUAGAGUUUAAAGAUAUAAAAAUGAACGAUGUCUUCGUGGAAGCCCCUAAUGGGGUGAAAAACAACUUAUACACAUUUUGGCAAAAAUCGGAUCUCCAAUUAUCCCGGGGAUUAGAUUUUCGCAAGUGGGGCUCAGUUUACGCGCGUUUUACCCAUUUACAACACCAACCCUUUACUUAUAACAUCACCGUGACCAACGAUACUGGAGGAGAACGCAUGGGAACUUGUCGCAUCUUUUUGGCACCGCAACAAGAUGAACGAAAAGUUGAUUUUGUCUUUAGAGAUCAACGAACGAUGUUUAUCGAAUUAGAUCGAUUCACUGUCGCGCUCAAACAAGGUCCCAACACGAUAAAACGCCACUCCAAGGAGUCCUCCGUUACGAUUCCAUUCCAUAAAACGUUCGAUAACGAGACGAUUUCUUCAAUUACACAAUCGGCUCGUUCUGAUUACUGUCGGUGUGGUUGGCCCGAACACAUGUUGAUACCGAAAGGGACCGAAGGAGGGAUGAGAUGUCAACUAUUCGUGAUGAUUUCCGAUUAUGAGCUAGAUAAAGUUGGUGAAACAACAUCCAGCAACGAAUGUAAGGAUGCUAUGAGUUACUGUGGAGUUAAGGACCGGAAAUACCCGGACAAACGAGCUAUGGGAUAUCCAUUCGAUAGACCGUCUACUUCCACGACUUUAAACAGUUUCCUUACAUCUAAUAUGAUUGUUGUAAGCUGCAAAAUUUUCUUCAAUGACCGUGUGGUGCAACCGCAUAAACAACCGUUGUAGAAUUGAAGCAAAAAUUAAUGUUGACGACUUGAUUGCGAUUAAUGGAUUAACGAUUCAUGAUUCUUUGUAUAAUUAAUAUAAUAUAUAUUGUUGUUGUGUAUUUAAUGAAUCCACUUGAAAAAACUUAAUAAAUGUUAUGAUAUAUUUA